AUGGCCCCGUCACUAGAGGAGCCAGAGUCUGUCGCCGACGUCUUCGCCAAUCCCCUCAAGCAGAAGCCGCAGCUCGUUGCCCCGGAGCCAGAACACUGCCCAGGCCCGGAAUCCGAGCGCGCCGGCACGGCUUCGUCAUGCGAUGGCUGCCCCAACCAGGCCAUCUGCGCAUCCGCCCCCAAGGGCCCAGAUCCCGACAUCCCGAUCAUCACGGAGCGGCUGCAGCACGUCAAGCACAAGAUCCUGGUGCUGAGCGGCAAGGGCGGCGUGGGCAAGAGCACAUUCACCAACCUGCUUGCGCACGCCUUUUCGACGAACCCAGACAGCACGGUAGGCGUCAUGGACGCAGACAUUACGGGGCCCAGCACGGCCAAGAUGCUGGGCGUGGAGAACGAGACGAUUCACGUGAGCGCAACGGGCAUGUCGCCUGUGUGGGUGACGGAGAACCUGGCGGUGAUGUCGAUACAGUUUAUGCUUCCAGAUAAGGACGCCGCGAUCAUCUGGAGAGGGCCGAAAAAGAACGGGCUGAUAAAGCAGUUUUUGAAGGACGUCGAAUGGGGCGACUUGGACUUUUUGCUGGUGGACACGCCUCCCGGCACGAGUGACGAGCAUCUGAGCGUGAAUUCAUUCCUGAAAGAGAGCGGCAUCGAUGGCGCGGUGGUGGUGACAACGCCACAGGAAGUCGCACUUCUCGACGUGCGCAAGGAGAUUGACUUUUGCCGCAAGGCCGGCAUCAAGAUCCUGGGCCUGGCGGAAAACAUGAGCGCCUUUGUAUGCCCCAACUGCAAGGGGGAGAGCCAAAUCUUCAAGGCCAGCACGGGCGGCGGCAGGGCGCUCGCGGAGGAGAUGGACAUUCCGUUUCUGGGAUCGGUGCCUCUGGACCCGAGGAUACGGAUGGCAUGUGACUAUGGGGAGAGCUUCUUCGACUCGUUCCCCGAUAGCCCGGCCUGCUUUGCGUUUAAGCAGGUGGUGAGGAAUGUAGGACGGCAGCUGGGGCUGGAUGAGAAGACGGUGCUGCCGGACGAAUAG